AUGUCAUCCUUGAAUCAGAAGCAAAUAGAACAAUAUUUAGCUCAAAUUAAUGACGGAGAGAGAUCUGAAGAUGAUCUUGAGGAGUCUGAUGGAGAAGAAAAUGAGAUUUUUUAUAGAAACCGAGAAGAUAUACUUCGUGAUCAUGAGAAUCCUAUUGAGGAGGAAAAAGAUGAUGAUGAUCCUAUCUUGGCAGAAGACCCACCAUUGAUAAAUGAAAACCCUGCAAUGAUCAAGUACCUCAGGUUCCAUUUCCAUAAACAAGUCAAGGGACUUGUUUGGAAGGUGAAAAAGUUUGUUUUGAAUUCUGACCAGACUACUUUUCUUGGCAACACCACAUACCCACCAGAACUGAGGGAUCAAACUCCUACUGGUAAUCCAUAUAGUAUUUUUUCGUAUUUUAUUACAUCUGGAAUAAUUCAGAAAAUCGUAGAAGAGUCCAAUCUAUACUCUGUUCAAAAAAAAUGUAAUAAAACCAUAGAAUAUUUCUAA